GUAUAAAAUGGCCUGUGAUGUCCUCCCGAAGCACAGUUUCUAGUGGUGGACUGUAUAUUUUUAGUGCUAGAUAUGUUAUGGAUUGUGGAUCGAGUGAACAUUUGCCGACAACUAAGAUAAACAAUUCUAUUUAAGUUUUGCUGUACACAUAUCGUAAAUAAUAUCACUCGAGUACAUAAUUUAAAUCGGACUUUCCAAAAUGGCUGCUCCCGGAUUUCGACAUCUGACCGAACCUAACUACGGAAAACCUCCAAAAUCUCAAUCAAAGGUUUUACAAGAACUUGUGAAGCCUCAUAUUGAGUCGUUCAAUUUCAUGCUGUCUGAAGGUUUGAAUUUAGCCAUCCAAGAUAUGCAGCCGGUAGAAUUUGCACUGCCAAGUGGAGAAAAAGUGUCACUUUCAUUUACAGACGCAUCAAUUGGAGUUCCCACCGUAGCACAAGGAAACAUACAUGCAUUAUCAUUAAAAGUCUACCCCACUGAGUGUCGGCAGGGUGGAACAACAUACAAAGCAAAAAUCAGAGCCCAUCUUUGCUGGAAAUUGAAUAAUGAAGUGAAAGCCAUAAAGGAAAUUCUACUUGGGGAAGUUCCAAUACUUGUCAAGUCAAACAGUUGUAAUUUGAAUAAAUUAUCGCCAUCGGAACUGAUUAAGAAAAAUGAAGAAGUGGAAGAGAUGGGUGGAUAUUUUAUUAUCAAUGGAAUUGAAAAAGUCAUUCGAAUGAUUGUACUUCCAAGACGAAACUUUCCCAUGGCUCUUAACAGAGGCAGUUGGAAGAACCGAGGCAAGCUGUAUACCGAGUAUGGUGUGUCAAUGAGAUGCGUUAAACCAGACCAGACUGCCGUGAAUAUAAUCCUACAUUAUCUCACCAAUGGGACUGCUAUGCUGUGUUUCUCCUACUCAAAAGAACAAUUCUUUGUUCCAGUGGUGCUGAUAUUGAAAGCAUUGGUGGACACCACAGAUCAGUUUAUUUAUGAUGAAUUGAUGAGAGGGAAAGACAAAAAUACCUACUACAAAGGGUGCGUCACGUACAUGUUACGCCAGAUACAGACACAAGGAUUGACAUCACAGCGAAAAAUUCUUGAGUAUUUAGGUGAGAUGUUCCGAGUGAAGUUAGGACUCGCUGACUGGUACACAGACAGACAGAAUGGUGAAUUUUUGAUAAAACAGUGUAUAUGUGUUCAUCUGACAAACAACAUGGAUAAAUUUAACACACUAGUAUACAUGGUGCGUAAGUUGUUUGCGUUUGCUAAUGGUGAAUGUGCUGCCGAGAAUGCAGAUAGUACGAUGAACCAGGAAGUGUUAAUGGGAGGUCACCUAUAUCUUAUGUAUCUUAAGGAGAAAAUGGUGGAUUGGUUAGUAUCUGUGAGAUAUUCAAUUGAAAAACAAGCCAAGGUCAAAGGACAAAGCUUUGUCUUGAAUUCAACAACUCUGAAUUCUGCAGUAGGUCGUACAAACUUAUCCCACGCUGUGGAAUAUUUACUCAAAACAGGCAAUCUGAACUCGAAGACUGGACUUGGACUCAUGCAGGCGACUGGUCUAACUGUGGUAGCUGACAAACUGAACUAUGUCAGAUAUUUGUCUCAUUUUCGUUGUAUUCAUAGAGGAGCAUUUUUCUCCGAAAUGCGAACCACGUCAGUACGCAGACUUCUUCCUGAAGCUUGGGGGUUUUUGUGUCCUGUGCAUACCCCUGAUGGCGCACCAUGUGGUCUUCUCAAUCAUAUGGCAGCUUUGUGCCAGGUUGUAAAUGAUCAGCCUCAGGUAUCUCACUUGUCUCGGCUACUGUGUAAUCUUGGCAUGACGCCAACAGAUGGCCCAUCACCGGGUGAACCUUCUGAAUGCUAUGAUGUCCUGUUGGAUGGCAGAGUGCUUGGGAAAGUUGACAAGGAAAUGGCUGGUGAGCUGGGUAACAAGUUACGAAUACUGAAAGUCAGAAAAGAACAUAGAGUACCUGAAAUGUUAGAGGUUGUACUUGUUCCUAUGACUGGUAAAUGCAGUCAGUAUCCCGGUUUAUAUCUGUUUUCAUCAGUUGCGAGGCUAAUGCGACCUGUUCUCAAUCUUGCCACAAAUACAACAGAGAUGAUUGGAACGUUUGAACAGGUUUAUAUGAAUAUUGCUGUUACUGCAUCUGAAGCGCAUGAAGGGUUGACUACCCACCUUGAAUUAAGUGAAAGCGGUUUGCUGAGUGCAGUGGCAAGUUUAACGCCCUUUUCUGAUUUCAACCAGAGCCCACGUAACAUGUACCAAUGUCAGAUGGGUAAGCAGACUAUGGGUACACCAGUACAUACAUAUCUACACAGAACAGAUAAUAAACUGUAUCGUUUACAGACACCGCAAAGUCCAAUAGUUAGACCAUGUUCAUACGAUACAUAUAAUAUUGAUAACUAUCCACUUGGUACCAAUGCUGUCGUGGCGGUUAUUUCUUAUACGGGUUAUGAUAUGGAAGACGCCAUGAUUCUAAACAAGUCAUCAUAUGAAAGAGGGUUUGCCCAUGGUACUAUUUAUAAAACUGAAGUGAUUGAUUUGAAAAAAAUAAGUGGUGAAAAGGGAAAGUCAAUAUCGUUAAUGUUUGGGUGUUUACCUGAUGACAGAAGAACAGAGGGGCAUCUAGAUUUGGAUGGUCUUCCACCAAUAGGUGCUAUUAUUGAACCAGGAGAUCCGUUGUGUGGAUAUAUCAAUGUUGAAACCAACGUGGCGAAUACUUUAUCAUUUAAACACCAUGAGAGAGCUGUGGUGGACAAUGUCAAGUUAUGUGGUAAUGACUUAGGCACUGCUGAAUGUCAAAAAGUGUAUAUCUCCCUCAGAAUUCAGAGAAAUCCUACCAUUGGUGAUAAAUUUUCAAGUCGUCAUGGCCAAAAAGGUGUUUGUAGUCAACUGUGGCCAGUAGAAAAUAUGCCGUUUUCUGAGAGUGGAAUGACGCCUGAUAUUAUAUUCAACCCUCAUGGAUUUCCAUCACGAAUGACAAUAGGUAUGAUGAUAGAGAGCAUGGCUGGUAAAUCAGGAUCUUUACACGGCCUCAGUCAUGAUGCAACGCCAUUUACUUUCUCUGAAGACAGACCUGCUAUUGAUUAUUUUGGAAGAAUGCUCCGAGAAGCUGGAUACAAUUAUUAUGGCAAUGAACGCAUGUACAGUGGUGUUGAUGGCAGAGAAUUGGAAGCUGAUAUAUUUGUAGGCAUUGUUUACUACCAAAGGCUCAGACACAUGGUGGAGGACAAAUUUCAAGUUCGUACAACAGGCCCCAUUGAUAUUCUAACGCACCAACCUGUGAAGGGCAGGAAGCGAGCUGGCGGUAUUAGGUUUGGUGAGAUGGAAAGAGAUGCAUUGCUUUCACAUGGUACAUCAUUUCUACUGCAGGAUAGACUAUUCCACUGUUCUGACAGCUCAACGACCCAGCUAUGCACCAAAUGUGGUAGUUUUCAAGGAAUUAUUCAACAGAAGAAGUCUGCACUCUUGGAAGGGAGUUCUGUCAAUUCAUCAGGACACUGGUAUUGCCAGAUGUGCAAGUCAGCAGAACACAUACAGCUGUUAGCAGUGCCUUAUGUUUUUAGAUAUCUACUCGCUGAAUUAGCAGCUAUGAGUAUUAAAACAACUUUGCAAGUCAAAUGAUUUGUUUUUUGUUUUUUUCAUAUGAAUAUAUAGAAUAUAUACCACUGAAA